AUGUCUCUCUCUCUCUCUCUCUCUCUCUCUCUCUCUCUCUCUCUCUCUCUCUCUCCCCCGUUGUCUCUCCGUCUUUCUCUCUUGUACCUUCUCUCUAUUUUUUCUAUCAUUUUCAUUCUUUCUCUUUUGGUCUCUCUCUCUCUCUCUCUCUCUUAUUCCCUCCCUUUCUCUCUGUAUCUUCACUCUAUUUCUUUCUCUAUUUCUCUUUCUCUCUCCCGCUCUUUUUUUCCUGAUUUGCUUCUUCCGUCUCUUUUGCAUAAGUCUAGAUUGAUCCACUCUCUCUCUCUCUCUCUCUCUCUCUCUCUCUCUCUCUCUCUCCCUGUGUGUGUGUCUGUCUCUAUCUCUGUCUCUCUCUCUACCUAUCUAACUGUCUAUCUUUUGUCACAACUUCUCUCUCUCACUCCUUUUCUCAUAUGUUGCCAACUUUGUUUUCUACCUUCGACUAACAGUUUCUCUCUCUACUCCACAAAGACAAAGAAAGAAAGAAAAGAAAGAAAGAAAGAUAGGAGAGAUUCCUAUCUUCUUUCUUUCUUUCUUUCUUUCUUUCUCAUUCUCUCUCCACUUUCAUUUUGUCUUUCUUUCACUCCCUCCAUUUAUUACCAUCUCUGGUUUCCAUGUUCGUCUUUUCAAAUAUUCUCCACUUUGUCGAUUGUCUCCUCUCUCUCUCUCUCUCUCUCCCUCUAUUGUUUCUUUCUCUUUUUUUGCUUUCUCUUUCUCUUAUGCCUUUUUGUCUUCUAUCUAUCUAUCUAUCUAUCUAUCUAUCUAUCUAUCGCAAUCUAUUCAGAUAUCUUUCUCGGUCUGUUUAUAUUUUAUCUAUCUAUCUAUCUAUCUAUCUAUCUAUCUAUCUAUCUAUCCUCUUUGUUUUUCUCUUCCAUAUUCUUUCUUUCUCUUCCGCCAUUUUUUUUAAUUUUCUCUAUCCUGUUUUCACUUUCUCGCUUACAUCCUCUUCUUUCCAACUCUCUCUCUCUCUUUCUCUCUCUCUUUCUCUCUCUCUCUCUCUCUCUCUCUCUCUCUCUCCUUUUCAUCAACCUGUCUUUUUUUCUUCUCCCUUCCAUUACGAUCAUUUCAUAUGUGUUGUUCUAUGUCUGUUUUUCUUCCACGUACCUCCUCUUCUUUCUCUCGCUCUCUCUCUCUUACGCCCCCUCUCUCUAUCUAUCUCUCUCUCUUUCGCCUCUCUCUCUCUCUUUCGCCUCUCUCUCUCUCUUUCGCCUCUCUCUCUCAUUCUCUCACCUUUUCAUCGACCUGUCUAUUUUUCUUCUCCCUUCCAUCAUGAUCAUUUUUCUUUCAUGGUUUCCACUCUCUCUCUCUCUCUCUCUCUUCCCUACUGUCUGUCUCUCUCUCUCUCUCUCUCUCUCUCUCUCUCUCUCUCUCUCUUUUACCUGCCUAAAAAAACGACUUAUUCAGUAUUUUUCUUGA